GCUAAGGUUACGAGCCGGUGAAACCAGGUGCACCAGAUCACACACACUCGUGCUUAAAUUUUGACAUCUUAUAAAUACAUCCAUUGAUCUGGAUGCAAGCUAAAAGUUCUUUGUCUUUUUGCAAUAGGUUUUUUUUUUAUUCCAUAUACCCAAUGUCUGAUAAUACUGCCCUCCAACAGGAAUCUCCUGUCCGGAUCAUUGAAAACAGCCCUACGCCCGUGGAAAUUGCCGCGCCCAGUAACACAGAUCAUAUCACUGCGGAUCAACCCCUGAAUUCAACGGAGAAUAAUACCACCGCCGCAGAAGAUACCGUCGCAAGCGAGUUGCCUCAAGAUACAACGCCAAAAUGCGAACAAGACAAAUCUGAUACCGAAAAAGCACAAUUCGAAAAAGAUGAUGCAAAUAAAGCACCGAAUUCUAACGAUUUGGGUUUGUCCGAGGAAACAGAAGCCAAGCCUGCCACGGAAUCAUCCACAUCGGACUCGGCAACCAAGAAAACGACGCUAAGCAAGCGUCGCACCUUAUUCAACCCGUUCUUCAAGUCUAAAAAGGAAGAUCAGUCACCCAAAAAAGAAGAGACAUCUGCACCUGCUGAGCCAUCGCAAGAAGAGUUGGAUGCAUCGGAUUCCACAGAGAAUGCCUCUGAAGCGCCAGCAGCACCCGAGAAGAAAAAGUCUAAGGGGUUUGCUUCCUUAUUUUCUCGAUCCAAGUCAACUCCCAAGGCCGCGCAAAGCACCCACUCUUCUCCUGCUGUGGAAGACGAUACUGCCUCCACUACAACCGAAUUACCUCCAAUCGAACAAUUCCAACCGAUUGAAACUGAAGCUGUGGUAAACGAAUGCAAGGACGAUGUUCCUCAAGUGGUCACUCCCGAAAACCACGACCAAGUGCAGGUUGAAACAAGUGAAGCUAAGAAAGACGAGCCUAACACGGAAUCUGAACAAAUCAAGCCCGCUGAAGCAUCGGAUGAACAAGGUGAAGUCGCAACAUCUAGCCCGGCGACAGAAGAAGAUAAACCAGUGACGACUAUGCAACCUCAGAAACGUCAGUCCUUUAUCAGCAAGUUAUUCGGCAAAAAGAAGCAUCCCAAGGAAGAAAAGCCGGAGCCUGUGAUCAAGGAAGAACCAAAGGAAGAAACCAAACAAUACAAGCAGGAAGAGAUCGAGGACAGCGAUGCUUCAUCGGGUCCUGUGGAACCAGGUAAUGACAGGAUGACAAUGUUCGUGUGCGGCAUAAUCACGGUCACGGGGCACUGACGUUUGUGUUUUUUGUCUCUCGUUUAGAAACCAUUAUCAUUGAGCAAGUGGCUGUAGAUGAAAGCAAAAAGGAGUUAUCGCGACCUUCAUCUCCACUGGGACGUCGCUUAACCGAUUUGUUAUCCAAGAUCCCUAGUGGCAAGAAGGAUAAAUCAUCUUCCAAAGCUACUACCGACAGUGACGUGUCGGGUACCUCCACCCCU